AUGCGGGGUACCACCUAUGCGGCCAGUAAGUAUGUCGGUAAAAUAAUGCGGGGUACGAGUACCACCCGUGCGGUCACUGGUCAAGAUCCUGCUUUACACAAUGCAAUCGAUGUUGGGGAUCGCAUAAUGAUUGUUGAUUUGGAACAAUCAAGAACCGAGGAGAUGGAAUGGGAAGAAAGUACCAAUAAAGGUAAUGCGGGAUACCUAAUGCAUCAGCUUCAACUGAAUCGUCAAUACGAGGAGGAGGAAAGGCGGAGAAAAGAAGAGGCAAUGAAAACAGAAGAAGAGGAAAUAAGGAAAAGGAUGGAAAAAAGCAGGUAUAAUGCAUAUGCUGCCAAGAUCUUAGGAGGUCAACAAGAUGGUAUCGUGUUGGGACAAGGGAGGGGUUGA